UUCCAAUAGAGCAGAAGCUUCAAAUAAUUACAACCAAAGAUAUAAACCAAUCACACAUAAAAAGAAUUUUCUAUAACUUUUAACUAGGGUUGUACAAUUUUCAUAGCAUGGUGAUCACAAAGUGUUGGCAAUGUUUAAUGAACUUGCCAAGUGAAUUUAUUGCUAAUGUAAUCAAUGUAAUGUUGCAAUUGAACAAACUAGGAAAAGAUGAUCCUAGAAGGGUUAUUCAUUCUUUGAAAGUAUCACUUGCCAUUACAUUGGUUUCAACAUUUUACUAUUUUAAACCACUUUAUGAUAGUUUUGGUUCUUCUGCAAUGUGGGCUGUUAUCACUGUCAUUGUUGUCUCUUAAUUCUCUGUAGGAGCAACGCUUGGAAAAGGUUUAAAUAGAGGUUUUGCAACAUUUUUGGCUGGUGUUCUUGGACUUGGAUCAUAUUAUAUAGUUCAUUUAAUUUCAAGUGGAAAUACAAUAAUGGAAUCCAUACUUCUUGGAAUCAUAAUAUUUCUAGCAACUGCAGGGGUGACAUAUAUUAGAUUUUUACCUAAAAUGAAAGCUAGAUAUGAUUAUGGUUUGCUAGUGUUUAUCUUGACAUAUUGUUUGGUAUGUGUAUCAAGCUUUAGAGAGCAUGAGAUAAUUGACACUGCACAAGAUAGGGUAACAACAAUUCUAGUUGGUGGAUUAAUUUCUGUGUUGGUUAACAUUUUAUUGUGCCCUGUUUGGGCUGGUUGUGAUCUUCAAAAUCUAGUAUCAAAUAACAUUGAAAAACUAAGCAAAUUUUUAGAAGGUUUUGGUGAUGAAUAUUUUGGAACAUUAGAGGCUGGAGAAUCAAAUAAAUCACUUAUGCAAGGAUAUAAGAGUGUUCUUAAUUCAAAACAAGUUGAAGAUAACUUGAUGAAUUUUGCGAGGUGGGAGCCUUGCCAUGGACGUUUUGGAUAUCGUCAUCCAUGGCAACAAUAUCAAAAGAUUGGAAACCUAUCAAGGCAAUGCGCAUAUCGGAUUGAUGCCCUUGAUGGCUUCCUUGUCAAUUUUACUAAGACACCAAAGGAAAUCAGAAGCAAAAUACAAGAACCAUGCAUUCAAAUAAGCAUAGAAACAGGAAAGGCUUUAAAGCAAUUAGCAAUAUCAAUCCACAAAAUGAUUCCACCAACUUCAGCAAAAACUCACAUUACAACAUCUAAGAUUUAUGCCACAAACCUUAAAUCCAUGAUUAAAACAAAAUUAUGGGAAGACACAAAUUUGUUUGAGGUUGUUCCUGUUGUAACGGUAGCUUCAUUAUUGCUUGAUGUGGUUUGUUCCAUUGAAAAACUUGUAGAGUCCGUACAAGAAUUAUCCACCUUAGCAAAAUUUAAGAACAAAGAAAGUAACGUUGCUCCCGAGGAUCAAAAAGAAGUUCCACAACCAUGUUGUAAUAGUAGUGGACCUCAACAUGUUAUUACGAUAGUUCCAGAAGAUAUAGUUCAGUGAUAUGAGUUCAGACACCGAAUGUGUUUUAAGAAAGAGAUC